AUGCGUCCGUCACACGUCCGUCAUGCGUCCGUCAUACGUGCGUCAUACGUCCGUCAUACGUCCGUCAUACGUCCGUCAUACGUCCGUCAUACGUCCGUCACACGUCCGUCAUACGUCUGUCAUACUUCAGUCAUACGUCUGUCAUACGUCCGUCAUGCGUCCGUCAUCAUACGUCCGUCAUACGUCCGUCACACGUCCGUCCUACGUCUGUCAUACGUCCGUCAUCAUACGUCCGUCACACGUCCGUCACACGUCCGUCAUACGUCUGUCAUACGUCCGUCAUGCGUCCGUCAUACGUCCGUCACACGUCCGUCAUACGUCCGUCAUGCGUCCGUCAUGCGUCCGUCAUACGUCCGUCACACGUCCGUCACACGUCCGUCACACGUCCGUCACACGUCCGUCAUACGUCCGUCAUGCGUCCGUCAUGCGUCCGUCAUGCGUCCGUCACGCGUCCGUCACGCGUCCGUCACGCGUCCGUCACGCGUCCGUCACGCGUCCGUCACGCGUCCGUCAUACGUCCGUCACACGUCCGUCAUAAGUCCGUCACACGUCCGUCACACGUCCGUCAUACGUCCGUCACACGUCCGUCAUAAGUCCGUCAUACGUCCGUCAUACGUUCGUCACACGUCUGUCAUACGUCCGUCAUGCGUCCGUCAUGCGUCCGUCACGCGUCCGUCAUGCGUCCGUCAAGCGUCCGUCACACGUCCGUCAUACGUCCGUCAUACGUCCGUCAUACGUCCGUCAUGCGUCCGUCACACGUCCGUCAUACGUCCGUCAUACGUCCGUCAUACGUCCGUCAUACGUCCGUCAUACGUCCGUCAUACGUCCGUCACACGUCCGUCACGCGUCCGUCAUACGUCCGUCAUACGUCCGUCAUACGUCCGUCAUACGUCUGUCAUACGUCUGUCAUACGUCCGUCAUACGUCCGUCAUGCGUCCGUCACACGUCCGUCAUGCGUCCGUCACACGUCCGUCAUACGUCCGUCAUACGUCCGUCAUACGUCCGUCAUACGUCCGUCAUGCGUCCGUCACACGUCCGUCAUGCGUCCGUCAUACGUCCGUCAUGCGUCCGUCAUACGUCCGUCACACGUCCGUCACACGUCCGUCAUACGUCCGUCAUGCGUCCGUCACACGUCCGUCAUGCGUCCGUCACACGUCUGUCAUACGUCCGUCACACGUCUGUCAUACGUCCGUCAUACGUCCGUCAUGCGUCCGUCAUACGUCCGUCAUGCGUCCGUCAUAUGUCCGUCAUGCGUCCGUCACACGUCCGUCAUACGUCCGUCAUACGUCCGUCAUACGUCCGUCAUGCGUCCGUCACACGUCCGUCAUACGUCCGUCAUACGUCCGUCACACGUCCGUCAUACGUCCGUCACACGUCCGUCAUGCGUCCGUCAUACGUCCGUCACACGUCCGUCACACGUCUGUCAUACGUCCGUCACACGUCCGUCACACGUCUGUCAUACGUCCGUCACACGUCCGUCAUACGUCCGUCAUACGUCCGUCAUGCGUCCGUCACACGUCCGUCAUACGUCCGUCACACGUCCGUCAUGCGUCCGUCAUACGUCCGUCACACGUCCGUCACACGUCUGUAAUACGUCCGUCACACGUCCGUCAUACGUCCGUCAUGCGUCCGUCAUGCGUCUGUCACACGUCCGUCAUACGUCUGUCAUACUUCAGUCAUACGUCUGUCAUACGUCCGUCAUGCGUCCAUCAUACGUCCGUCACACGUCCGUCAUACGUCCGUCAUACGUCUGUCAUACGUCCGUCAUGCGUCCAUCAUACGUCCGUCACACGUCCGUCAUACGUCCGUCAUACGUCCGUCACACGUCCGUCAUGCGUCCGUCAUACGUCCGUCACACGUCCGUCACACGUCUGUAAUACGUCCGUCACACGUCCGUCAUACGUCCGUCAUACGUCCGUCAUGCGUCCGUCAUGCGUCUGUCACACGUCCGUCAUACGUCUGUCAUACUUCAGUCAUACGUCUGUCAUACGUCCGUCAUGCGUCCAUCAUACGUCCGUCACACGUCCGUCAUACGUCUGUCAUACGUCUGUCAUACGUCCGUCAUGCGUCCAUCAUACGUCCGUCAUGCGUCCGUCAUACGUCUGUCAUACGUCCGUCAUACGUCCGUCAUGCGUCCGUCAUACGUCUGUCAUGCGUCCGUCAUACGUCCGUCAUGCGUCCGUCAUACGUCCGUCACACGUCCGUCAUGCGUCCGUCAUGCGUCCGUCAUACGUCCGUCACACGUCCGUCACACAACCAGACCUGACCUCAGAGAGAGACCGCACAGAACCAGACCUGACCUCAGAGAGAGACCGCACAGAACCAGACCUGACCUCAGAGAGAGACCGCACAGAACCAGACCUGACCUCAGAGAGAGACCGCACAGAACCAGACCUGACCUCAGAGAGAGACCGCACAGAACCAGACCUGACCUCAGAGAGAGACCGCACAGAACCAGACCUGGCCUCAGAGAGAGACCGCACAGAACCAGACCUGACCUCAGAGAGAGACCGCACAGAACCAGACCUGACCUCGGAGAGAGACCGCACAGAACCAGACCUGACCUCAGAGAGAGACCGCACAGAACCAGACCUGACCUCAGAGAGAGACCGCACAGAACCAGACCUGACCUCAGAGAGAGACCGCACAGAACCAGACCUGACCUCAGAGAGAGACCGCACAGAACCAGACCUGACCUCAGAGAGAGACCGCACAGAACCAGCCCUGACCUCGGAGAGAGACCGCACAGAACCAGACCUGGCCUCAGAGAGAGACCGCACAGAACCAGACCUGACCUCAGAGAGAGACCGCACAGAACCAGACCUGACCUCGGAGAGAGACCGCACAGAACCAGACCUGACCUCAGAGAGAGACCGCACAGAACCAGCCCUGACCUCAGAGAGAGACCGCACAGAACCAGACCUGACCUCGGAGAGACCGCACAGAACCAGACCUGACCUCAGAGAGAGACCGCACAGAACCAGACCUGACCUCAGAGAGAGACCGCACAGAACCAGACCUGACCUCAGAGAGAGACCGCACAGAACCAGACCUGACCUCAGAGAGAGACCGCACAGAACCAGCCCUGACCUCAGAGAGAGACCGCACAGAACCAGACCUGACCUCAGAGAGAGACCGCACAGAACCAGACCUGACCUCAGAGAGAGACCGCACAGAACCAGACCUGACCUCAGAGAGAGACCGCACAGAACCAGACCUGACCUCAGAGAGAGACCGCACAGAACCAGACCUGACCUCAGAGAGAGACCGCAGCAGGAGCAUAAACACGACACACGGAUCUGA